ACUCACGCGUGACAGGGAUCGCGAGCAAGAGUAGCGACCACGUCGUUCCGCAAGCGAACAGCAUCGGCGAACAGCAUCGUGCGAAGCCGCCGCCAUGCCGGAGUGCGAUGUCUGCGGCGAGCGCGAGUUCCAGUGCGUCGACGGGCACUACUACUGCACGCUGUGCCACACGCAGUCGCAGGACCUGCGCGAGGAAGUGCGCGAGGAGAUCGCCGACCGAGACGAGCCGAUUCCGUUCACGCUGAAGGCUGUCAGCGUCGCGCGGGAGCCGCGCGCCCGGGUCUCGCGCUCCCGGCGCAGCGUGGGGCGGCUGCGCUCGCUGAGCCGCUACGAGGCGUUCACGAUCGUCCUGCGCGAGCAGACGAAGUGCUUGCUCGCUGCCGGCGCGCCGCCAGCUCUCAGGGAGCUCGUCUUCCAGCUGUGGGCGGCGUACCUGUGCCGGCGCGGCAUCGCCUUCAGCGGCGGAGCGGAGGAGGGGCCGCCGCCGCCGCGGUCGGUCGCGGAGCUGCGUCGCGAGGCGGCGGCACGGAGCGAGCGGUACAAGCCGCGGGGCACGAAGCUGUCGAAGGAGGAAGCGGAGCAGAGGCUGCUGCAGAAGGUGUUCGAAGACGAGGAAUUCUACAGCGACGACGGCGACGAGGACACGGACGGAGGAAAGGCAUCCGACGACGAGGACGAUGGUACAGAAGCGCCUCUUCGAACCGAACGUGAAGGCAGAGAACUGCCCCCUGGCGGUGCCGAGCGUGGCGGCGCAGAAUUGCCCCCUGGUGCCGAGCGUGACGGCGCAGAACUGUCCCCUGGUGCCGAGGGUGACGGUGCAAAACUGCACCCUGGUGCCGAGGGUGACGGCGCAGAACUGCCCCCUGGUGCCGAGCGUGACGGCGCAGAACUGCACCCUGGUACCGAGCGUGACGGCACAGAAGUGCACCCUGGUGCCGAGCGUGACGGCGCAGAACUGCCCCCUGGUGCCGAGCGUGACGGCGCAGAACUGCCCCCUGGUGCCGAGGGUGACGGUGCAGAACUGCCCCCUGGCGACGGAGACAGCGAUGGCGAACUGCCCCCUGGCGACGGAGACAGCGAUGGCGAACUGCCCCCUGGCAACGUGGAACACGAUGGGGAAGCUGUGCCAGGUGGCGCACCUCACUCGCGGCCGCGUAAGUACGGCGGCCGGCGUCCGGGGAUCGCGCAGUCGCCGGCGACGCUGCUGCGGCUGCGACACACGAUCGGCUUCCUCUACCUCGCGCUUCUGCACCUCGGCCUGCCGCUGCUGCUUUCCGACGUGCUGCGUCUCGCCGCCGCGGGCCGGCUGCCCUACUUCCGCUCGGCAGAGCUGCUCUCUGACUACGACAUGUUCGCUGACGACGCGAUGACGUUCCGGCCGCGGUCGUUGCCGCAGCGCGAGAGCGUCGUCGUUGACGCGCGGCUGCUGCGCGGCUUCCUCGCGCUGCCGGCGCCGCGCUCGCGCCCCGACGCCGCGCACAUCCUCGCCCGCCUCCAGGCAGCGCUCGGUCUGCCGCGGCAGCUGCUCGAGGUCGCACGCGGCGUCGUCGUGGCGACGCCCGACCUUGUCGUCACGGACGACGAGGCGCACGCGAUGGCGGCGAUCGUCGUGACGCUGCGCCUCGUGUUUGGCGUCGACGGCUCGACAGAGAGGGCGCUGUCGCGGCGUGCGCGGCGGGUCAACGCUGCCGCCGGCGCCCCCCGGGCAUUCGUCUGGGACGACUGGGUGCGGCAGACACACGCUCGGUGGAAAGCGAUGCGGUAUCACCUCCCGAGCUCCGGCGUGGCCAACGUCAUGAGCGACAAGUGCAACGCGCAGGCAAUGCUGCAUGCACAUGCCACCCUCAGGGGGAGCCACCAGCUGCCCGCUGGGGAGCGGCGGCGCGGCGCGCGGCGGCCGUUCGCGGGCGCUCCGACUGACGGCACGCUGCCGAGUCCAUUCGAGCACGCGCUCCGGGGAGAGGCAUCCACCGCGGAGGAGCCAUAUGUUCCGCCGCCGGCUGCCGUGCUGCCACCUAUCGGCGGCGAUGACCCCGCCACGGAUUUCUCGCACGCCUCGCUCGAUUUCCUCGCGAUGCCGCCGAUGCUCCCGCGUCGAGCCAAGCCGGACGAUGGUUCGCGAACCAAGCUAGCUGACUGCUGCCUGCGCCACGGCGAGUGCUAUCGCCGCGUGACAACCCGCAAGAGAUGGCACAGCAGCAGCAGCGACAGCGACCCAUCAUGCUCUGACGAUGCUGACACCGCGCCGACACUACGCGUUCCUCAGAGAACGCCGGCGAGAGCGGUCCACCGGCUCUCGGGGGAAAUCGACGGGCGGGCGUCGAGCGCGGCCGAAGACGACAAUGGCGGGGGCUGCAGCGGCGUCUACACCUGCUAUAAGCGGGCGAAAGAGGUGAAGAUGGGACACUGGAGCAGGCCGUGGGAGCAGACGCCGGAGUUGCCGGACGCGCUGCGCUGGCUGCUGAACGUCUGCAGCGACUGCAUCGGCUGCACAGCGGCAACGCUGCUGCGCCACGUCGAGAUGAUCGAGGUGGCGCUCAUCUGGCCGUCAGGUGGCGCUAAAGGCGACGGCCUGACGAUGGACGGCGUGCAGAAAGGUCUUCUCAACCUGGCGCUGCUGCGAUGCCCCCUGGUGGAGCACCAGGCGUUACGGAACCGCGUGAAAAAGUCGGCAGCUGCAACUUAGAGCAGAGUAAGACUGAACGUUUGCGGCCCGGCGCUUUUGCGACCUGUUGAAUGUGUGAUCAGGAAUGUUGUACACGAGUGUUGUACAAAAGCACUUAUCCAUACUCUCGUACAAGGCAACCUUGUUCUUACCACUGAUGGAGGACCUGUCACCAAUGAUGGUUGGGUGGUGGAAUGCAUAGGAGAAGGUGGGAGAGUGACAGAAACACAUUAUUACCUCCGCCAAGGGGUUGGCAGGAGGUUAUGUUUUCACCG